AUGUCUUUAUCAGAAAUUAAUAAUAUUAUUAAUUCUGUUAAAAAAGCAAUAUAUGACACGUUAUUUGAAUAUUUUAAUUCACCACCUGAAAUUGCUAUACUUGCUAGUUUUUUAGAUUCAAGAUUUAAAAAAAUAUAUGGAUGGCCUGAAGAA